CAGUGAAAAACUGGAAAUGAGUUGUUGAAUAUUGAAACUAAACUGUUGAGCCUAUUGAAAUCAGACUAGCGUCUUAGGUAAUUCUUUUUAAAAAUGUACAAAAGUGAAAACGACGUUAUAAGUUGUGCAUCGAUUUCGAAUUAUUGGGUAAUGGCCUUCCCUCUGUAAGUCUGUAAUAAAUUUGAAAUCACGUUGUAUAUAAUUUGCCAACAUUUUGAAAUCAGAAAUCGUUAAAGACCAAGGGUCAAAUUUGUAUCAAAAACCUAAACGCGUGUUGAUAAGUUGAAAUUUAUUUUAAAUGUUGAACCGGAAUUGUUACUGAAUAAGAAAAAUGGAGUCGUAUAAUAUGGAGCUUUCGUCCGCUACAGAAGAGGAAGAAGACGAUGACGAAGCCGAGCUGAAUAAAUUACUGAAUUCUUUGAGUGGUAUGGAGAAUAACUUAGCUCCUGAUGAUGAUGAUAAUGAUUCCGAUGAUGUAGUACUUAUUGAGCCUGAUGAAGCCAAUAAUAAUAACAUUGCAGAAGGUGAUCACACCAAGAUGCCUGUAAAAAUGGCAGGUGGCUCUAACCAACUCGAGAGUGUCAAAAUCAGCGACGUUAUAGCAGUAUCACCAGUCAGCUCAAAUGCUUCUACACUCUCUAGAGAAUCGACGCCUCGAAGACAAAUUUCUGGAGAUGGUUCAGAUUAUUCUGAUAUUUUUUUCUUUGGCUCUGGAACUUCUCACCUUGAUGGUUCAAAUGCGAAAUCGAAAAAACCAGUUAGUUCUAAGGGUUUGCUAAAAAGUACUAUCGAACUUCCUGCUGCACCACUGGCGCAAACUCAGCCCCACGAAAGUGAAAAAGCAUCGUCACCCAAAGAUGAUAAUUCAGAUUCCGAUUGUCUUAUAGUCGAGCCUAUUGAUGCAAAGGAGCAUCUGCUAAAUGGUUCAUAUGAUUUGACUAGACCAGCAAACGAAGGUGCGUCUCUGCCUAUGGAAAUCGGUACCGAGGAAUCAUUACUGAAAGAGAUAUCGCAAAUACGCAAAGCGUUGAUGAAGAAUUCAGGCAAAAAGCAUAAAAAGAAUAAAAAACAUAAACAUCACAAAUCUCAUUCCAGUUCGAAGAAAAAGAAACGAUCUAAAAGUCGAAUGCAAUCGCCUAGUUCGGAGAAAGGUUCUGGCAAUGAGGAUGAAACUGCAAAUGAACCUAGAGUUGUAAACGGCAGGUUGAGCGUACGAUCGAAAUGGGACUCGAGUGAUACUGACGAUUCUGGUAAAACUACCAAAUCCAAACGAAGAAAGAGUGGGAGUGCUGAUUCUGGAGCUAGCAAAUCGAAUGAAAAUAGAAUAACUGAUUUUUCUAAAACUUCAAAAUCAACAGAUAGAGAGAUCGCCGAGCCUGCCAAAACAUUGAAAUCAACAACAGUCGAUUCGUCUACAACUACUCUACGUAGAGAAAUACAAAACCCUGAUUCUUCUACAACACAGUUUGUAGAAAUAAAUAAUGCCGAUUCUUCUACAGCUGCUCAAGAUUCUUGUAAUAGAGAAACUACCUCCAAAGAAAAUCCAGCCAAAGUGAACGAAUCUAAAACGCAAGAAUCGCCUAAACUGGACCAACCAGCGGAUAAAGCAGGCGACGAUGACAGUCCAUUGUGGAAUUCUGAUAGUGAAACUGCGCCAGAUUUUAGUGAAAAGUCGAAUGUAACUGGAACUGAUUUUAAUAACGACUUUAGGCCAAUACCCAGAUCCGAUUUUAAUGACAACUCGAGAGUAACUGUGUUGACAUUUGGUAUAAACAAGAACUCGUCAUCGUUUGAUGAUAAUGCUGAUGAACCACCACACAAGAGAAUGUUUUCAUGCGAAUCCGGUAAAGAAUUGCAAAGUAAUUUUAGAAGAAGAGGCGGACCAGAUGGCUUCCGUGGUCGAGGCCGAGGUCGAGGUCGCGGUUGGGAUCGAGGUCGCGGUUGGGAUCGUGGUCGUGGUGGUCGUGGUGGAAGAAACGAUUCAUUUGCUCCACCUUCUGGUAACAACUACUUAUUCAGAAGAUCGAAUAGUGUGGAUUCUGAGCCUGAAAACCCCCAGCAGAAUCAGCAGAGUUCACCUUUUGCAGAAAGAUUCAGCAGAAGCAGAUUUAGAGCUGAUUCGGAAUCUGAUAAUUUGUCCAAUAACGGAAGAUCCAAGAGUGUGGGACGCUAUGGUGUUAUCAACUGGAGAAACUCAACAGAAGAUAACAAUAUGCCUGAAUUCCAGCGUGGCAGAGGUCGUCGUAACAGCCCUCCAAGAUCACCACCGCCGUAUGUGUUUCAACGCAGAACAUCAACAGAUAACAGUGUGCCUGAAUUCAGGCGUGGCAGAGGUCGUCCUAAUAGCCCCCUAAAAUCACCACCAUCAUAUUUGUUUCCACGCGGUCGUCGAAGUCCAUCUCCUCAUCACCCAAAUUUACUCAGUUUAAUGGGUAGGUCCCCAACUUAUCGUCCUAGAGGUAAGCUUAGUUCCUAUAGAAGUCCCUCACCACGUUCCUAUCGCGGAAAAUAUGGUAAGAGCCAGACUCCAUCAAUAACCCAUGAGUCAUCCUUCAGAGCAGCUGUGUCUAGAUCACGUUCUCCUGAUGAGCGUACCUUACGAAGUAAAUCUCGUGGUCCAUCUCGUUCUGGUUCCCAGCAAAGCGAACGUUGGUCCUUGAAAAGUCUAUCUCCUGAUAAUUCCAAUCAGAACAAAUCUAAAGCAUUGAGAAGUCCAUCUGCUUCUCGUUCUCAUCGCAGCAAAUCUAGAGCCUUAAGAAGUCCAUCUGCUUCUCGUUCACAUCGCAGCAAAUCUCGGGCCUUGAGAAGCCCAUCUGCUUCUCGUUCUCAUCGGAGCAAAUCUCGGGCCUUGAGGAGUCCAUCUGGCUCUCGUUCCCUUCGCAGCAAAUCCAGGGCCUUGAGAAGCCCAUCUGCUUCUCGAUUACAUCGUAGCAAAUCUCGGGCCUUGAGAAGCCCAUCUGGCUCUCGUUCCCUUCGCAGCAAAUCUCGGGCCUUGAGGAGUCCAUCUGGCUCUCGUUCCCUUCGCAGCAAAUCCAGGGCCUUGAGAAGUCCAUCUGCUUCUCGUUCUCAUCGGAGCAAAUCUAGGGUGUUGAGAAGUCCAUCUUGUUCUCAUGCCCAUCGCAGCAGGUCUCGGGCCGCGAGAAGUCCAUCUUGUCCUCGAUCAUAUCGCAGCAAAUCUAGGGCCGCGAGAAGUCCAUCUUGCUCACAUACCCAUCGCAGCAGGUCUCGGGCCGCAAGAAGUCCAUCAUGUUCCCAUACCCAUCGCAGCAGGUCUCGGGCCGCAAGAAGUCCAUCAUGUUCCCAUACCCAUCGCAGCAGGUCUCGGGCUGUGAGAAGUCCAUCUUGUUCUCAUACCCAUCGCAGCAAAUCUAGGGCCGCGAGAAGUCCAUCCUGUUCUCAUUCGCAUCGCAGCAGAUCUCGGGCCACGAGAAGUCCAUCUUGCUCCCAUUCGCAUCGCAGCAAAUCUCGGGCCGCGAGAAGUCCAUCUCGUUCUCGAAGGAGCAAAUCACGUGCAUACAGAAGCCCUUCAAUGCCGAGUCGGAGUCCAUCCCGCACAUUCAGGAGUAAAUCUCAAGCACGCAGGAGCCCAUCACGGUCACGUAGGAGUAAAUCUCACAUUAGAAGCAAAUCUUGCUCGCACAGGAGUAAAUCGCGCCCCUACAAGAGCCCAUCAAGUCGUAGUUCAGCGAGCAGCUCUGAGUCUAGAUCACCUUCACUCACGCGUUUGGCUAGAGCUUGCAGUCCAUUGGAAGAAAUGCGACGACAGCUGAGGAAGAAAAAUGAGGCAGCAGUUCAGCGGGCUUUGGAUAGCCAAGAAAAGCCUACGAAAGGAAGAGCUAAUUUGAAAGCAUGCAGCAAGGGACGAGUAAUCGACGAUCUCGAUUUAACGACUUCAUCGCCAUCGCCUGAACCGGAGACAAACGUAGUGAAUAGAGACCCACGGCUGGCUUCUGCUAAUAGUAAGCCUACUACUCGAGCUACGCCGAUGCAUUCCAAUAAUACACAUAAUGCAACCGUCUCAAGUCAAUAUCAUCACAUUCUACAUAAUAUGCCUUUAACCGGAUUUGGGCCUGUACCUGUGCUUCAGCCUCAGCCUGUACCUGUGGUUCAGCCUCAGCCUCGGCUUCCACCUAUCCGAAUGCAGCAUCCGGGUUAUAUGCCGGUGCCAUAUCCAACGAUGCACAAUCCAGGCAUGAUGAAUCAAAUGGGCAUGGUACAUAUUAGCCAUGUGUUUAGUCGAGCAGUAGGACCUCCAGUCCGGCUGAUAGGCCCUCCGGAAAGACACCUGGGUCCUCCAGAGCGGGCAUUAGGUCCUCCGGAUAGACCACUGGGACCACCAGAUAGACCUUUGGGUGUGGGUCCUCCGGAUAGAGCAUUCGGACCACCGGAUAGACCGUUGAGUCGGGGUCCUCCGGAUAGAGCAUUGGGACCACCGGAUAGACCGUUGAGUCUGGGGCCUCCAGAUGGACCUUUAGGGUCACCAGGUUCGCCUCUUAGACCACCAGGCGAAACUUUUGAAUCACCGGACGGGUCUGUCGGACCACCGGAUAGCCCGCUUGGAUCGUCGAUUCGGACUCUUGGACCACCGGGUAGAUUGCUCGCAUUACCGCAACGGAUUCUUGGACCACCGCGUAGCCCGCUUGGAUCAUCGAUUCGGGCUCUUGGACCAUCGGGUAGCCCGCUUGGGUCACCUAUUCGGGCCCUUGGACCACCGGAGAGGCCUUUAGGUCCUCCGGAAGGACCCCUAGGUCCGCCAGCAAGACGACUGGCAUCGCCCGAGUGUUAUAUGCCAUUGCCUUUUUAUCUUCAACCUCCUUCUUAUAUGUAAGGUCACGGACCAAGUAAUUUUUUCUUUUUUCGAGAUAGUGGCGUAGCCAGGAUUAUCUCGAGGGAGAGAAAAAACAACGAUUUUUAGGUGGAAAUUUUGAAGAAAAAAAAUCUUUUUGUGUUAUUGUUUUAUAAAAAUGGCGAUGAAAAAAAUUUUUCGAAAAAAUUAUUGCUUCUGUAGCCAAAAAAAAAAGCGUUCUUCGAAUUGCAUUUUACGUACAUUUUAACGAUCUAUUUGACUGCUCACGUUGGGUGUUUAAAAACAUUUUUCCAUAUAUGUAGAAACAGGUAUGAUAUCUGAAGAUAUAACCAAAGCUAUCCAAAGCGAAUACCCCCCCCCCCUGCCCGCCGAAGUUUGUGAUAAUCUCCAGUCAUUGUCAUAGUUUUAUUAUGAGUACUCGAGAUUGAGUAUUCGUUGUUAAUCCUUUUUUAGUUAUUUUUUUUUAUUUUAAAUUUUCGUUGUUUGGUUUUUUAAUUUUUAUUUUAUGUAUAUUACAAGUAUAACAGUGUAUUGAUUUUUUUGUAACUGGAUUACCAGACCUAUUAAUUACUUUUUAUUGAACGAUGUGCAGGUUUACAUUUAUAAAGGUGUUUUUAGACUUCAUAUUUUCUUUUUUAAAUGUUGGUUACUUAUUAUUAAUUACCGGUUUGCAAAAUUAUGUGAUCUCCCCCCAAAAUGUUGUUCUUAUUGAUUUCACAAAUAUUGUUUGGGAUACACGUGUGUUAUUAUGUUAUUAAGAUGUAAGGGUUUUCUUUCAAUAAAGCUAGAGUGUUGUUUUUUUCAUUUUA